UCAAGCUUUAUUCUGUCACUAAUGCAAAGUGCAACAACAAACUUCAUUACUUCUCACAUGAGGAUUGAAAUUGAACACACAACUUUUUUGUCCUUACUAAGUCAGUCAAUAACAUGUUGGUGAAUGACUUAAAGUGAUGUGUGAAAGACAACAAAAAUCGAUGAAGUGGAGGGCGUCAGGCAGGCGUGAACGCCUGACGUAUCUUUUAACAAAGUUUCCCAGGCCACGCCUUCCCCUCCUGAAUCCAGUAUUUUCCGGAUAGGCUGCCACGUAUUGAAAUCACAAACCAGAGCUCUCCACGUUUUCCUCAUAUAAAUCCAAAAUGGAAACAGAGCUGUACGCUUCAGAUUUAACUCUUCAACAUCGGGGACUACCCUGCUUCGUGUCAUCGUCUCACGUAUACAAAACCAAAGUUAGACACAAAGACUUUCCUCUUCAAACAGGAAACAAUAACUCAUCAAAGAAAAUACAAAGCAAAAGACAUUGAAGCUGAACAGAGCGUGCUGUAUGGUAUGGUGAAGGAAGCCAUAACAAUAUGUUGUGAAAAAGCUGAUCGUGUAACACAAAACUACUGUAUACGAAUAGUAUACCAUGGAGGAGGGUGAUACUGAUCAUAUUAUUACUACUACUACCAAAACCAAAACCAAAGAAAUUGAACGACGCUUCAAUAAUUACAGAAGGAAGAGAAAGCGACCUUGUAAGGUCGCUUCAAUCCCCACAAGCGUCCAACACAAGUUCACCGACAACAAAAACACCGCCACCGCAUCACAUGGUUUCAUUUCCGUGAUCGGCCGCCGGAGAGCGAUGGAGGACGCUGUCAGGGUGGUUCCUCGUUUCGUCACGGCCGAGCACAGCCCGUCGGGAUAUGAUUUCUUUGCUGUUUACGAUGGUCAUGGAGGGACGGUGGUGGCCAACGCUUGCCGUGAGAGGAUGCACUUGUUGCUGGCGGAGGAGGUGAAGCAGGGGUUGGCGAGCGGGGAUCAGGGGUUUGAUUGGUUCAGAGCCAUGUAUUCGUGUUUCAUGAGGAUGGACAACGAGAUCGGUGGUGGUGGAGGGGAUGAUGACGUGACCGUGGGUGAAGGGAACACGGCGGGUUCUACGGCAGCGGUGGUGGUUGUCGGGAAGGAGGAGAUCGUGGUGGCGAAUUGUGGGGACUCAAGGGCGGUGUUGUGCCGUGGCGGUUUAGCUAUUCAACUUUCACGUGAUCACAAGCCUGAUCUUCCGGAUGAAAAAGAGAGGAUUGAAGCGGCAGGGGGAAGAGUGAUUGGUUGGAACGGGAAUCGCGUUUUAGGAGUACUUGCAACUUCCAGAUCCAUAGGUGAUCACUGCAUGAAACCUUUUGUGAUAUCAAAACCAGAGAUCAAUGUGGACGCAAGAACAGAGUUAGAUGAGUUUCUAGUGGUGGCGACUGACGGUCUAUGGGAUGUAGUGACCAACGAGUAUGUAUGUGAAGUGGUAAGAAGUUGCCUAAGAGGGCAAAUGAGGAGGAAUAUGAUAAAACAUGAAUCAACUAGAAGUGAUCAUGCAGCAGAGGCGGCAACGUUGUUGGCGGAGUUGGCAAUGGCUAGGGGAAGCAAAGACAACAUCAGUAUCAUAGUUAUACAGCUCCAGAGCCAUUAAUUCAACCGCCUAGUUUUAUUUAUUUACAUUUCCUCCUACUGUUUAAUCUGAUUCUCUCUUUUAAUUUUUCACCUCUAAUUUCUCUAUCGACCCAAGCCAAGCUGUCUUUUGUUAAAAUUUACUAAUUUAUAUUAGGCUCUCUUCAGAGUUUUAAAAGAA